AUGGAGUGCAAAACGUCUGAAGAUGGUCGACCUGACGUCCAGGCACUGCAGCAUGUGGAAUAUCCAUGUCCUGUAUGCAACGACCGAAGGUUCAAGACAGAGCAAGGUUUCACUGAUCAUCUCAAAAACAGUCACAACAUAUUUUCAUGUCUAAAGUGCGAAGCAAUCUUUGCGGCUGCAGAUGAUUUGGCUCGUCACAAGACUGAAGCAGGACAUACUGCAGCCUACAAAAACAAAGGCAAAGCGAAAAACAAGCGCAGCAAGUCCAUUGGCAAGGCCAGGUCGACACCCCAGGCUGCUUCCUCACCCGCAACGGCAGAUGCAAUACAGGUGCCAGAGCAAUUCCCUCCCCCACCAUGCGGGGCCCGUCAACCAACUGCCCAGGCACGUCAAGACAUGCAGGUCCCUCAGACAACCAUGCAAGCCCCUCAGUCGCCCACGCAAGUCCAUCCAGCAGGAGCGGCUAUCUUUCGACCACGACCACGCGGUCAAGACUUCGAGCGACAAAACAAACCCUCUCGGCCACGACACCAAGUCUCCCAACCGCAAUACCAAGGCCCACAGCCACGCAAUGCAGUCUCUCCACCACCAGUGCAGGCUCCUCAGGCGCCAAAACAAGUCUAUCCAGCAGGCUCUCGAGCUUACGACUCACCUGCUCAAGGCUUUCAUCCAGCCGUUGCAGUCAUUCAACCAGGCAGUCCAGUGUCUCAGCAGCAAGUGGGUGUCCCCAAAAUUCCGAUGGGGCUCUAUCAAGCCCCCUACCCGAUCUUUCAACACCCAAUUCCCAUCAUCGAAGUUCCCGGGAACGUGCACCAAGCAGGGGUGUAUCCAGCGGGCUGUCAGCCCUAUCAGAGACCGGCUCAGAUCCCUCAGACACCCUGUCAGAUACCCCAAUCACCCGUUGGGGGAUUUAACAACCAGUUGCGGAUCUAUCGGCCCCCAGCCCUUGUCUCCCCGUCUCCAGUGCAGAGAUCCCAACGAGCCGAGCAAGUCUCUACGCCCCCACUGCAGGGCACUCAGCCCCUCAGAAUCUCUCAGCCCCCAGUGCAGUCAUCUGAACAAGCGAAGCAAGUGAAGCAAGUUUCGCAAUCCCCAAUACAUCUAUCCACACAAGAUAGCACAGCAGCUGAGGGAAACGACACGGAUAGACGGGCACCAGGAACACCUGCAACACCAGCAACGGGCACCACAACGCCAUCACUUUUCAUCCCACCGACAACCACCAACCCGACCUUCUCACUGGUCUACGAUGAAAUGAAAAUCCGAUGGACUGACCUUGAACCACUGGAGCAAAGCUUAAUCCUCAAAUACCUCCUGGGAAGGUGCCACCCACUAUCCCGUCUCAAUUGCCAAGGGUACAAGACUCCGAAGACCAUCGGCACUACAGCCUGUACGAACCGCGGCGAACCACACCAAGCCCACACCUACACUCGCGGCUCCACGCACCGGAAAGCCAUCGUGGUAGACUGCGAAAUGAUUGAAACUACAGUCUGCACCAGCGUGCUUGGCUUCAUAACGGCCAUCGACUUUUUGACCGGUGAGGUCCUCAUCAACAGCUAUGUCGCGCCAACGGCCCCUGUCACAAACUGGCUGACUCCGGUCAGCGGCAUUACACCUGAAGCAAUGGACGUCGCGAUUACGGAUGGCAAGGCCUUCCUAUCAAACGAUGCUGCUCGUCAAGCGCUGAAGAAGUUCCUCGACGAAGACACGGUUCUUAUUGGUCAUGCACUCCAGCAUGACCUGCGUGCUCUGAACUUGUUGCAUGGACGGAUCGUGGAUACCUCUAUUGUUACUGCUGAAGCAGUAUUUCCAAAUUUUUCGGCCAAAACUACGCUUGCGCGGGUUUGGGGGUUGAAGACCCUUGCAAAGGAGCUGCUUGGUAUUGAUAUCCAAGUUGGGUUGGGACACAAUUCACUCGAGGAUGCCCUGGCAACCAGAGAGCUUUUGAUCUGGUGUCUGCGUGGGCCUGAGUGUCUGAAGGCCUGGGCUGAGAAGGCUCGUGGUUCUUACGAGCGGAUGCGGCUACAGAGGGGGGAACAGAAGAAGGCGACGAAGGAUACGAAGGACGUGGAGAAGAAGGCCGGUGGUGUACCUGAACCCUCCGCCAAGGCCCAGGGCAAGAAGCGCCUCUCAAAAUGA